AGCCAGAAAUGACGUCCACCCGUCGUCCAGCAUCAGAGAAUAAGAACUUCAGAGGAAGGAAUGCAACUUCAUAAAUAGCAAACCACAGAUACUAAUGGGGAGCAGAGGCAAACCUGCAGGUUAAAAUUUGUUGCAAGAGAAGCCCGUACAUCCACACUGCCUGAAGAUUCGAAGAUGAUUUCAGCUCUAGCCUUUGUUUUUCUCCUCUGCCUCUCCUGUCCUUUUUCAUCAUGUCAGCAGAGAAGAGCAGGUAAGUAGAAGUUGGUCCUGAAAUGCUGGAAGAGAUGAGGGAAACUAACCGUGUGCUAAUGGAAGUCCGAGACUUGUUGAAACAGCAGAUUAAGGAGAUAACAUUCCUGAAGAACACAGUCAUGGAGUGUGAUGCCUGUGGCAUACGCCCUGAGGUGACAGGCCCUGUCAUCACUGUGACACAGUUUAACAGAUGCGUCCCAAACCCCUGCUUCCCUGGAGUGGCCUGCACUGAGACUGGCACUGGCUUCCGCUGCGGACCCUGCCCUCCAGGUUAUUCGGGCAACGGCUCCCAGUGCACAGACAUCAACGAGUGCAAUGCAAACCCCUGCUUCCCGAAAGUCCAGUGCAUUAACACUGCUCCUGGCUUCCGCUGUGAUCCCUGCCCUCCCGGCUUCACAGGGCAAAUGGUCGAAGGUGUUGGACUAGCUUAUGCCCGGGCCAACAAACAGGUCUGCACUGACAUCAAUGAAUGCGAGACAGGUGCUGCCAAAAAUUGUGUCCCAAACUCUAUCUGCAUCAAUACACGGGGAUCCUACAAGUGUGGGGCUUGUAAACCCGGUUUUGUUGGGGAUCAAAUCACAGGCUGCAAAAGCCAGACAGCGAGACGUUGCCCUAACGGCGAAAUUAGUCCCUGCCACGAGAAAGCGCAGUGCAUCGUGGAGCGCGAUGGGUCCAUCUCCUGCGCGUGCCUUGUGGGCUGGGCAGGGAAUGGCUACGUCUGUGGGAAGGAUACGGACAUUGACGGAGUCCCUGACGAGAAGCUACGCUGCUCUGACAAAAAGUGCCGCAAGGAUAACUGCAUGACUGUCCCCAACUCUGGCCAGGAGGACGCAGACCGGGAUGGAAUUGGAGAUGCUUGUGAUGAUGAUGCUGAUGGAGACGGGAUAUUAAAUGCUGAGGACAACUGCGUCUACACGCGCAACACCGACCAGCGUAACACAGACAAGGACAACUUUGGUGAUGCCUGUGACAACUGUCGCCAAGUGAAGAACGAUGACCAACGGGACAUUGACGGUGAUGGGAAAGGAGAUGAGUGUGACGAUGACAUGGAUGGAGAUGGGAUCAAGAAUCCAAUGGACAACUGUAAAAGAGUUCCUAACCCUGAUCAAAAAGACGGUGAUGGCGAUGGAGUAGGAGACGUGUGUGACAGCUGCCCAACAGUCAGUAAUCCAGACCAGAAAGAUACUGAUCAUGAUCUAGUGGGAGAUGUCUGUGACACCAACCAGGACAGUGAUGGGGACGGCCACCAAGAUACACGGGAUAACUGCCCCACAGUGCCUAACAGCUCCCAGGUGGACACAGACAAUGACGGGCUAGGAGAUGAAUGCGAUGAUGAUGACGAUGAUGACGGGAUUCCAGAUGAGAAACCCCCAGGCCCUGACAACUGUCGGCUUGUCCCUAACCCUGGCCAAGAAGACUCAGACGGUGAUGGUGUGGGAAACCUUUGUGAAGAAGACUUUGACAGAGACAUGGUGAUUGACAGAAUUGACGUGUGCCCAGAGAACGCAGAAGUGACACUCACUGACUUCAGGGCUUUCCAGACGGUUGUACUGGACCCUGAGGGUGAUGCACAGAUUGAUCCUAACUGGAUUGUCCUCAACCAGGGCAUGGAAAUUGUCCAAACCAUGAACAGCGAUCCUGGCCUGGCUGUGGGUUACACGGCAUUCAAUGGCGUUGACUUUGAGGGCACAUUCCAUGUCAACACUGCCACAGAUGAUGAUUACGCUGGCUUCAUAUUUGGCUACCAGGACAGUUCCAGCUUUUAUGUGGUCAUGUGGAAACAGAUGGAACAGACAUACUGGCAGGCAAACCCCUUCCGAGCCGUUGCAGAACCUGGAAUUCAGCUGAAGGCAGUGAAGUCCAAAACGGGCCCAGGCGAGUACCUCCGCAAUUCCCUCUGGCACACUGGGGACACCACAGACCAGGUCAAACUGCUGUGGAAAGACCCUCGCAACUCUGGCUGGAAGGACAAGACAUCUUACCGCUGGUUCCUGCAGCAUCGGCCUCAAGUCGGAUACAUCAGAGCGCGCUUCUAUGAAGGCCCUGAAGUAGUGGCAGACACCGGAGUUGUCCUUGAUACAACUAUGCGAGGAGGACGCCUGGGAGUCUUCUGCUUCUCCCAGGAGAACAUUAUUUGGUCAAACCUGCGUUACCGCUGCAACGAUACCAUUCCAGAAGACUAUGAAACAUUCAGAGUUCAGCAAGACCAACCUCAGUUUUAAAUGUCUGUCCAACAAAAUUUGCUUUAACAAAAAGUGCUCAGCUGCCCCACUAUUGCCUCUGGUAUACUGUAUAAAGAACUGUAAGUAAUGUACCACUGCACUCUGCACAGCACCAAGUGGCACUGCAUUAUCUGCCAUCUUUUCUACAGCAGCAACUUGUCUCUAAAUGCUAUGAAAACCUCUUGAAACAGCAGAGGCGUAGACAUCGAGUGUAAAUAGAAACCUAUGUUGCUGUAAACACUAGUUCUCUACGCUACAUGGAGAAAGAUGUGCCGAGAAGCUACCUGCAGUAGCUGGAAUUGAGUAAGUUUAGCAUGGAUGAUUCCCAGGAAUCUUUUCCCUACUCAAAGGCUCUCAAGUGUAAAUGUUCUCCUUUUCAAGAUCUACUGCAAAGCAAACACAGCACUAGUCUGAAAAGGACACAGAAAGCAGCUUAUGUCCAAGUUGCUCACAAAAUAUUUUUAAAAAGCACUUUAGGGAGAGUAUCUUUGUUCUGGAAUGUUGGAUAAUAAAUACUCUAACAGAC